CAUCCGUUUAUGCAAUGGAAUGCGCCUCUCUUGCCCCGCAGCGAACCUGUGCAUUCCCAUUUUCCCUGUUCGAGAUUUCGAACACUACGGUAUCCUACGGUCGUAGCCUUCCUUCUUUUACUCAAAAAAAAUACAGAGAGGUGCUGCAUCGUCCGUAUUAUGUCGUGUUGGCCCCGACAAAAUUGCACUCAGGACUCGGUUUUCUCGCCAUCCAAUCUCUUACGUCGUUGAAGAGCCUUCAGUGUGCUUCUCUUCUCGAACCACCAAUAGCCCCGACCCCACCCAUCUUUGGGAAUUCCCACCGCGUCUGUCUACCCGUCACUUUCUGCUUGAUAUCGCCCACACCCUGCAUCUUUUUGCACCGGGUCCAACCAAGAACCUUUGACUCGUUUCGCAGUACCUAAACGUCGAGUACCGCAAACAUGCCUCCCAAGAAGAAGGGGAACAAGGCUCGCGCCAACGAUGACUGGGAGAAUGAGCUCGGCGAGACCAUCGCCCCCGCCGCCGCCACUCUAGAAGCUGAUGCCGAAAAGCCAGCCGAGGAGGAAGAUGAGACCCCCGGCGGUCUCAUGGCCACCAUGCGCAAGAACAGAGAGAAGAGAAAGAAGAAGGGCAUCGAGGAGCCCCCCGCCGCUCCCGAGCCUGAGGUCGAGGCCGAACCUUCGCCCAGCCUCGCUGAGAAGGCUCCCGAGGAAGCCACUAUGGAAGACGAGUUCGCUCUGCCCCAGAAGAAAGGCAAGGGUGGCAAGGGCAAGCAGGCUCCCGCAGCCACCGCCGCCCCCGCUGCCGAUGACGAGGGGGAUGGCCCCGGUCGCGUCCUGACCAAGGCCGAAAAGGAGAAGUUGAAGAAGGAGAGGGAGAAGCAGCGUAAGAAGGAGCAGGCUGCGAAGAAGAAGACCACUGCCCCUGCCGCAAAGGCUGAACCUGCUAAGGCAGCUCCCGAGAAGAAGGACUCCCCGACGCCCGCCGCCGACGCCGUUGCUCCCCCGCCUGCCGAAGAGAAGGGUGGUAAGAAGAAGAAGAUUCCCGCUGCCCUCGCUGCGCUCCAGAAACAGCAGGAGGAGCUUCGUCGCCAGCAAGAAGAACAGGCUCGCUUCGCCGAAGAGGAGAAGAAGAGAAUCGAGGAGGAGGAGCGCGCCGCCAAUGAGGAAAACAAGCGCAGAGAGGAGGCCAAGGCUCUUAAGAAACAAAAAGAAAAGGAGAAGAUCGAACAACUAAAGAAGGAGGGCAAGUUCAUGACCAAGGCCCAGAAAGAGGAAAAGGCUCGCAACGAGCGUAAGCUUCAGCAGAUGCUUGCUGCCGGUAUCAAGGUUGGUCCCGCCGACGAGGGCGAGGGCGAUAAGAAGAAGAAGGUCACCUACGACAACAAGAAGAAGGGAGGCCGCAAGGCGCAAGACAAGAUCGACGAAGAAAGGGCCCUUGCUGAGGCUGCCGAGCGCGCCAGAAAGGAGGCCGAACGUCUCCACAAGGAGGCAGAAGAGAAGGCGGCCAAGGAAAAGGCAGAGGCUGAAGCUGCCGCCGCCAAGAAGAAGGCCGCUGAAGCCAGUGACUUGGAAGACGACUGGGAGGCUGCCGCCGCUUCUGACGAGGAGGACGUCAAGGACAGCUGGGAUGCCGACAGCGACGAAGAGCAAGAAAAGAAGGCGAAGGCGGCCAACGGCAAACCCGAGAAGCCCAGUCAGAAGGACGAGGAUGAGGGCGAUGAUGAGGAGGACGACUCCGACUCCGACUCUGAUUCCGACGACUCUGAAGAAGAUGAGAAGGAGACAGCAGCUCGCCAAGCCGAGCUUCAGCGCAAGAGGGAGGCCGCGGAACGUCGCGAGAAGGCUCACCAGGCCGCGCUGGCAGCGAGAUCCAAAGACAACCUCCGAUCUCCCAUUUGCUGUAUUCUGGGCCACGUCGAUACCGGAAAGACGAAGCUUCUCGACAAGAUCCGUCAGACCAACGUGCAAGAGGGCGAAGCUGGUGGUAUUACUCAACAGAUUGGUGCCACCUACUUCCCUGUUGAGGCCAUCAAGCAGAAGGUAGCCGUCGUCAACACCGACGGCUCCUUCGAGUUCAAGGUCCCCGGACUGCUGGUCAUUGAUACCCCUGGCCACGAGUCCUUCUCCAACUUGCGUUCUCGUGGUUCAUCGCUCUGCAACAUCGCCAUUCUUGUCGUCGAUAUCAUGCACGGCCUCGAGCCGCAAACCUUGGAGUCGAUGAGAAUGCUUCGUGACAGGAAGACCCCCUUCGUUGUCGCUCUCAACAAGAUCGAUCGUCUGUACGGCUGGAAGAAGGUCGACAACAAUGGUUUCCAAGAGAGUUUGGCUCUGCAGCCCAGAGGUGUGCAGAACGAGUUCAAGAACCGCCUGGAGCAGACCAAGCUCGCCUUUGCCGAGCAGGGUUUCAACGCCGAGCUCUUCUACGAGAACAAGUCUAUGGCCAAGAACGUCUCCCUCAUCCCCACCUCUGCCCACACCGGCGAGGGUAUCCCCGACAUGCUGAAGCUCAUCAUCCAGCUCACCCAGGAGCGCAUGGUUGGAUCCCUCAUGUAUCUUUCCGAGGUCCAGGCUACAGUCCUUGAGGUCAAGGCCAUUGAAGGUUUCGGCAUGACUGUCGAUGUCGUCUUGUCCAACGGUAUCUUACGCGAGGGUGACAGGAUCGUCUUGUGCGGUGUGGAAGGCGCCAUCUGCACAAACAUUCGUGCCUUGUUGACGCCGGCACCGAUGCGUGAACUGCGUCUCAAGUCGGCGUAUGUGCACAACAAGGAGGUCAAGGCCGCUUUGGGUGUCAAGAUCAGUGCCCCUGGUCUUGAGGGUGCCAUUGCCGGUUCUCGUAUGUUGGUCGUCGGCCCCGACGACGACGAGGACGACAUCAUCGACGAGGUCGAGUCUGAUCUCGCCACCUUGUUCAACCGUGUCGAGAAGACCGGCCGUGGUGUCAGUGUCCAGGCGUCCACCCUCGGUUCCCUCGAGGCGCUGUUGGACUUCCUCAAGGAUUGCAAGAUCCCCGUCGCCAACGUCGGCAUCGGCCCUGUUUACAAGCGUGAUGUCAUGCAAGCCGGUAUCAUGCUUGAGAAGGCAGCCGACUUCGCCGUCAUGCUUUGCUUCGAUGUCAAGGUCGACAAGGAAGCGCAGCAGUACGCAGACGACGUCGGCGUCAAGAUCUUUACGGCAGACAUUAUCUACCAUCUCUUCGACGCCUUUACCAAGCAUAUGGCUGAGCUCUUGGAGAAGAAGAAGGAGGAGUCUAAGAUGCUGGCUGUCUUCCCCUGCGUGCUCAACACCGUUGCUGUUUUCAACAAGACCAACCCCAUUGUCGUCGGUGUCGACGUCGUCGAGGGUCAGCUGAAGAUCAACACGCCGAUUGCUGUAGUCAAAAACAACGCCGUUACAGGUUUGAAGGAAGUUAUCAACCUUGGCAGAGUCACUUCAAUUGAGCGUGACCACAAGCAAAUUCCCGUCUGCAAGAGGGGCCAGCCCUCGGUCGCUGUCAAGAUCGAGAUGGGCGGCCACCAGCCGACGUACGGCCGCCAGCUCGAGGAGUCGGACACGCUGUACAGUCUCAUCUCGCGUGCCUCCAUCGACACUCUCAAGGAGUUCUACCGCAAAGACGUCAGCAACGACGAGUGGCAGCUCAUCAUCAAGCUCAAGCCCCUCUUCGACAUCCACUAAAUACAACCCCUCCCCCCUUACCCAUCUCGCCCCUUCCUUUUGGGAGCAGGGCCAUGGUCUGACUGUUCAAGUCGAACGAUGAGCAAGAGGGUUUGUGAGAGUGUUUUAAUUUUGCAUGAGAAAGAGAGAUGGAGAGCUAUGUUUCUAGAAACGAGGGAAUGGGAAAGGAGGAAAGGAAACCCGGAUUGGUUGUGGCAUGGGGGAAGGGAUUGAUGAUGGACGAGUCAAGAAGAAAAGAACCUUGUUUUUGUGUACGAUCAUCUCCCCGCCAUCUCCCUGCAUCGUUUCUUUCCAGGUCUCUUCCCUAAAAGCAAUUAUUUCAUAUUGAAAUCUCAAUCGUAACAAAAGUCACCAGAUCGGGUAGGACCCAAUGAAAUGGGUCACGAGAGAUCCAGUGUCAGGUUCUGGAAGAAGAAAAUGAACCUUUCGGUAUUGACGUAUCGAGCCAUGACAAGAUCUAGCUGGGUCAAUUAUGCCAAUAAAAACAAGGGGGGAGCUGUUUAGCAU